CAAACUAUGGUAACUGUUAGCUGCGGGAAUCCCUCUAAGAAGUCUGAAUGUUUUUGAAGAGGUUAGCUGCGGUAAAUGAGCGGAUAAAGGUCGUCUAUUUCUUAGUUCCGGAAAACGGAGUUUGCCCCAACGUCUCUCCCGUUAAGUGGCGGUUUCCGGUGUGCCGUGUUGUGAUGGCUAGCUGUCCUUGCUAACUCCAUGGCUUGUGUUGCUGUUAGGGUAAUUAGCUCGCCAUCAGGAGGCUGUUCGGCUGCUGGUUUUGUAACGGACAACUCUCUACCUCUGUUUUUAAGGCUGGCUUACUGAAAGUAUGUAGAGUAUUUCAGCAAGGGGAGAUCACCAUAAAGAACUAUGACCCCCACACCCAGAGGAUUUCUCACAUUCCCUUCACAAACCAUGGAUUGCUUUUCUUCAUAGCAUCAUGCAUGCCUUUAAAUCGGAGCUGGACUGCGGCAGAGAUUUCAUCUUCUUGCGUUUGAAUUUGGUCAUCCUUUUGUAAAUAAAAUCGGUCAACACUGGAUGUGCUGGAUCUUGUUUUUUCCCCGCUGAUGAAACAUUAACUAUGUAUCCAUGCAGGCUGAACAUACUCGGAUACAUAUAAACAUUAGCCCAAGUAAGGAAGUCCAGGACGGGAUAGUCUCAGAGAAACUGCCAGUCCCUGAAGAGCCAUGGCCUCUGUAUGGAAGAGACUACAGCGUGUGGGGAAGCAUGCUUCCAAGUUUCAGUUUGUGGCUUCCUAUCAGGAGCUAAUGGUAGAAUGCACAAAGAAAUGGCAACCGGACAAACUGGUGGUGGUUUGGACACGUAGGAGCCGGAGGAAAUCAUCUAAAUCCCACAGCUGGCAGCCUGGCAUCAAAAAUCCAUACAGAGGAGUCGUCGUGUGGCCGGUACCAGAGAACAUUGAGAUUACUGUCACACUCUUUAAGGAUCCUCAUGCAGAAGAGUUUGAGGAUAAAGAGUGGACAUUCGUGAUAGAAAAUGAGUCUCCGUCAGGACGGAGGAAGGCCUUAGCGACCAGCAGUAUAAACAUGAAGCAAUACGCCAGUCCAAUGCCCACUCAGACAGAUGUCAAACUCAAGUUUAAGCCCCUGUCAAAGAAGGUGGUAUCGGCUACACUGCAGUUCUCACUCUCCUGCAUCUUCCUCCGUGAGGGAAAGGCCACAGAUGAAGACAUGCAGAGUCUGGCCAGCCUGAUGAGCAUGAAACAGGCUGACAUCGGCAACCUGGACGACUUUGAGGAGGAGAACGAUGAAGACGAGGAGAACCGGGUUAACCAGGAGGAAAAGGCUGCCAAGAUCUCAGAGAUAGUAAACCAGUUGAAUGCCCUCAGCUGCUUACAUGGGGAUGAUGAUGAUGAUGGUGGUGGUGGUGUCACCAAGCAGGCACGCAAAGCAACAGCUAGGCCUGCUGCUUCCUCCCAAGAACUGAUUAACAAGCUGAACUUCCUGGAGGAUGAAGAUCAGGAAACGGCUCCAGCCAUGAGUAUGAAUCCCUUCGAUGAGCCCGAUGGUGACCUUCAGUCCUACCCUCUAAACCCGUUUGGGGAUCCUGAUGAAGAGACUCCAGGCCCGCCAUCCGUAAGCCAGCGGGUUGACGAGGAUUCCUUCUACGACCACGACUCCUCAAAUCCGUUUGAGGAGCCGGAUGAACCUGAUGGGCGUUCACCCCCUGGGAACCCCUUCGAUGAGCCCAACCAAGACACGGGCCAACAGCCUGACACAGAAAACCCCAAAGCCAAGCAGACAAAGGGAGUGCGGCCCGUUGACAUGACCAAGUACCUGUAUGCAGACACCUCUCAGAACGAGGAGGAGGAGCUUGAAGAAUCCAAUCCAUUUUAUGAGCCGAAGACAUCAAGCCCAGCACGGCCGCAUGCUGGUAGUCCCUCUCCUGAUGUGGGCAGUAGCCAGAAGAGGAGGGCCCCUGCACCCCCGAGCAUCAGAACUGAUCCCUGUCCCAGUCCACCAACCCCCAAGCUUAGCUCUGGCCCAGACAGAGAACGAGCCCAGCCCAUUGGGCCCAGCCCAGUGGCAGCAGUGAUGGGAAGAGAGCUGGCCUCCUCUUCUCCAAAGCCUAGUCCCGCCCCGAGUCCGGUUCUAGGAGGGAAACCCAAUGCCAGCCAAUCCCUACUGGUUUGGUGUCGAGAGGUCACCAAGAACUACCGCGGGGUGAAGAUCACCAACUUCACCACCUCCUGGAGGAAUGGGCUGGCCUUCUGUGCCAUUCUGAACCAUUUCAGACAGGACAUAAUAGACUACAAAUCACUCAAUCCUCAGGAUAUUAAAGAAAACAACAAAAAGGCCUACGAUGGUUUUGCCAGCUUGGGGAUCUCCCGUCUCCUGGAACCAUCCGACAUGGUCUUGUUGGCCAUUCCGGACAAGCUAACGGUGAUGACCUACCUGUACCAGAUCCGGGCUCAUUUUUCUGGCGAGGAGCUCAAUGUGGUGCAAAUAGAGGCCAACAGCAGUCGCAGCACUUACAAGGUGGGUGACUUUGAGACGGAUACGAACGCCUCCAUCGGCCAGGACAAGUUCUACGCUGAACUGAACGAUGUACAGCAUCACCAAGCUAACGCUCAGCUCGAUUCAUCAGCUGGCGUUCUCACUGAAACUAAUGGUGCUGAGGACGCUGAAGGGGAAAUGAUGGAUCAGAAGGUUGGAGGAGAGUCAGUCACCUCAUCAGUACCAGGAUCUUUGCUGACCUCUCCUCCUGUUCCAUCACCACGCUCAAUAUUACACACCACAGCUACAAACUCAACCCACAUGACACCGCAAGGCUCUGAAGACAGAGGGAGUCUGCUUAAAGCCAACACAUUGGACCUUUGCGAGUUACCACAGAGAGAGAAUAAGGAGGCGGAGGAGGAGAAACAGCACAAGGAGGAGGUGGGAGAGGAUAGAGAGGAGGGAGGUAACGAACCAGCGUCCCCAACAAGGAGAGGAAACCUCUCACCCUCUCACCAGAAACUGGGCUUCUCCUAUAACAGGGAUGCUGACCUCAUCAAAAAGAAACGGGCCAGUCUGCGUCACUCAGAGUCGGAGCCAGCCUCAAACACCAGAUCACCCUCGGCUAACCACACAGAUGUUCCCGUCAAACAGGAGCAUCCUCCUGGGUCUGUAUCCAGCCCUCCAGCUGAGAAGAAAGUUCUGUCUCGUCAGGAGGAGCUAAAGGAGAGAGCCAGGCUCCUCUUGGAACAAGCCCGCAGAGAUGCUGCUAUAAAAGCUGGCAAUAAGAGCAUCCCCAACUCCGCUGUAACGGCACCAAACAGGACUUCAGCCGUCUGUGACGAGCGAGAUGCAGAGCGGAGGAGACAGCUGAGAGAAAGAGCCAGACAGCUGAUCGCAGAGGCCCGAUCUGGAGUCAAGAUAUCGGACAUGAGCCUGCUGGAUGCAAAUAUCAUGGAGCGAGGGAAAGGCAGCAAGGCUGGACCUGCAGGAGCAGAGUUUGACAGAAUGAGAAGCCAUGAGGAAAAUGAUACGGAUGGUGAGGAUGAAGAAGAGGAAAAGUUUAGGGCAGAAGAACAGCAGCUCUUCUCUGAAGGUGGUGGUGGUCAUGAUGAUGAUUCUUUUGGAGCUGCCUUCUCUGAGUCUGCACUGGUUACUAACCAACUACCACAGGACAUCCUCCCAACCACGUCCAGCACUCAAAGACACCUGGAGCUUACUAACCCUGACUCUGCGCUAACAUCUCUGGGUACAAACAGUAAGCACGUUGAUGUGAAGCUGAAGAAGCUGGUGGAUACCGGUCCAAGAGGAGUCACUUCCCCUUCGUCCCUUUCCUCCACAUCCUCAUCAUCCUCACCCACCGCCUCCUCCCUCUCCCCACUCAGCCCCACAGAAGGACUGGAGAAUAAUGCUGAAGAGUUGCGAGCAGAGCGACUUCGCAGAGCCACAGAGAAGUUAAGGAGUCCUGUCGUCUUCAACAAGGAUUCUGCAGUGAGGAAAACUCAGCUAAAGUCCUUCAGUCAGUAUGUGGAAAACAGACCAGAGGUGAAGCGGCAGAAAUCUGUUCCUGAAGACCUAAAGAAGGCUGAAGAGGACCGAGCUUCGCUGACUGGAGUUGAUCUUCGCAGACCGUUUGAAGAAGAGAAGGCGUUCAAAGACACCAGUCAGUAUGUGGUUGGGGAGCUGUCUGCGCUGGAGAGCGAGCAGAGGCACAUCGACGCCCGAGCAGCUUGCGUGGAGAAGAGGCUGCGCUAUCUCAUGGACACAGGCAACAACAAGGAGGAGGAGGAGGCCAUGAUGCAGGAGUGGUUCAUGCUGGUCAAUAAGAAGAACGCCCUCAUUAGGAGACAGAACCAGCUCUCUCUGCUGGAGAAGGAACAUGAUCUGGAGAGACGAUUCGAGCUACUGAGCAGAGAGCUGAGGGCCAUGCUGGCCAUCGAGGAUUGGCAGAAAACCGAAGCCCAGAAGAAGCGGGAGCAGUUGCUGCUGGAUGAACUGGUCAUACUGGUCAACAAACGGGACGCGCUGGUCAGGGAUCUGGAUGCCCAGGAGAAAGAGGCUGAGGCGGAGGACGAGCACCUGGAGAGGACGCUGGAGCAGAGCAAAGGCAAGAUGGCCAAGAAAGAGGAGAAGUGUGUCGUUCAGUGAUGGUCAGAACAACAAAUGUAGCCGAUUGAAGAAAUGUAUCAGAUUCAUUCACUUUUAUCAUCCUUGAAGCCUUUUGCAUGGGGUUUGCUCCAGUCCACCGCAAAGACUCCAAAUGUAUCUGAACUGUACGUGGCUGCAGACGGUACCUGUUACGUGUGCUUAAUGGCACGGGCAGCACAGCCUCGGUCUGAAUGUGGACACCAGUCAGUCUGAGGUACAGCACAAACUGGGUUCACUGGGGGGGUUCCUCUUCAUCAUGUGGAGAAGAUAACGACGAGUCUCCUCAUUCUGUCACUUUUUACCUGUAAAAUAUUCUAACUGCAUUAUUGUUCAUUAAAUCUUUCCUAUUGUUUUUAAUGUCCUUGCUUGAAAGCCGUUUACCAAAUGAAGCGUUAAAGCAAACACACACCUUGCUGUACAUGUCCAUCCCUUCUCCUCACUAACAGCCUCCAAAUGCUUCCUGCAGUCAGAAACAACAAAUCUGUUUAUUAUUUAUUACUGUUUGUUUGUCCCACCAGCUACUUGUGUAGACGACCCCACCCCCAUCACAACAAACUCUUAGUUCAUAUUUAUUGUCUCCAGGAGGGGUGGAAAUCUGCACCAGAUGUGCAUCUCUUAGAGCUGCACAUCUGGUGCAGAUGUUCUGUAUGUGUGAACAUUUAUCUGAUUAUUUAUUCCAGUGUCAUAACCCAAGUCUUCAGUAAUAAAGUCCUUACGAUUUCCA